GCCCAGACUUGAACGACUCCGUUGCCCACGCCGGGAUCGCCGAUUCAAUCUCCCCUGCGAUCCCCUGUCUCCACCCAACCGAUGACCCCCAGGCCGGACUGCUUGUUUGAAUCUCUACAAUGGCGCAACUAUUGACGCCUCGGCAGGCUGACGAGCUACAUCGGGCCCUCAUCGCCUACCUGACCUCCAACAACCUCACCAGCACCGCGGCUGCUCUGCGAGCCGAGAUUGGUCUGGGGGAAGAUGUCUUCGACACUGCGACAGCCAAGAAAUACGAGGGUCUUUUAGAAAAGAAAUGGACCAGUGUUGUCCGGUUACAGAAGAAGAUAAUGGACCUUGAAGCGCGCAAUGCCGCUCUUCAGUCAGAACUUGAUAACGCCACGCCAACGUCACGGCAAAACAAGGAUCCGGUUAACUGGCUGCCAAAGUCGCCCGCACGACACACGCUUCAGUCCCACCGAAACCCCAUUACAUGCGUCGCUUUCCAUCCUGUGUUUUCAUCGCUAGCUUCUGGCUCCGAGGACCAGACGAUCAAGAUUUGGGACUGGGAGCUGGGGGAGCUGGAGCGAACGAUCAAGGGCCACACCAAAGCGGUCUUGGACGUCGAUUUCGGAGGACCCCGCGGAAACACACUCCUCGCGUCGUGCAGUUCGGAUCUCACCAUCAAGCUGUGGGAUCCGUCCGACGACUACAAAAAUAUUCGCACAUUGCCCGGCCACGACCACAGUGUCAGUGCUGUUCGGUUCAUCCCGUCCGGAGUCGCCGGCGGCUCCAGCAACCUGCUGGUUAGCGCGAGCCGAGACAAGACAUUGAGAAUAUGGGAUGUGACCACGGGGUACUGUGUCAAGACACUAAGGGGCCAUGCGGAAUGGGUGCGUGAUGUCUGUCCGUCCAUCGACGGCAAAUUUAUCCUCUCCACGAGCGACGACUACACGGGCCGGCUGUGGGACGUGUCGGUCGCGAACCCCGAACCGAAGGCAACGCUUAUCGGCCACGAGCACGUCGUUCUCUGCUGCGCGAUCGCACCAGCAGCCUCCUACCCCCACCUCGCCGCCAUCGCAGGUGUCAAAAAGCCGCCGGCCACGAGCGCGGUAGAGUUUAUGGCAACCGGUUCGAGAGACAAGACCAUCCGGCUCUGGGAUGCGCGGGGAACAUGCAUCAAGAUAUUGGUUGGGCAUGACAAUUGGGUACGGGGCCUCGUCUUCCAUCCGGGCGGCAAGUACCUGCUCUCCGUUUCCGACGACUACACCUUGAGGUGCUGGGACCUCGCCCAAGAAGGCCGAUGCGUCAAGACAAUAUCGGAUGCUCACGGCCACUUUGUGCAAUGCAUCCGAUGGGCACCUUCCGUGGUGAAAGACGUCCCCGUGGCCAACGGGAGCGACGGGCAAGGCGGGGAAGCCAAUGGAACGCCCAAGAAGACGGCUGCCGCUGCGACCGGAGAGGCACAGAUCCGCUGCGUCAUCGCGACUGGCAGCGUGGACCUUAAUGUGCGGAUUUUCGCCAAUUAGGGACCGCAGCCGGCGGUGAAUUCGGCGGCGCACAAGACCGGCCGCAGGCGGGCAAUACGCCUGGGGGAAGCACAAUGCCAAUGCCGCAGGGCGGUGCUCCUCGGCAAGCCUUGGCCGCGGAGUGUUGUCCAUGCUGAGAGUUGAGGGAUUCCGGGAGUUCAAGUGAGCCAGAGCACCCGCCAAUGUCCCGGGGGCACAUCGAACUGCUCGCUGCCCCAGAAGAACUGCCAGACCGGCAUCGGCGCGGUA